AUGGUUAAGACAGGCUCGUGCGAGAUUAAUCAUAAGCUACCCAUUCACCUCCAUACUUCCUUGCGAUGCAUACCUUCUUAUGCCAUCUUCUCCGACCAUCAGGACGAGUUUCACGGCAUCGAGGUCCACGAUGCUUUUGAGGGCCAAGUAAGUCAGAAGAUCAUGUAUGAGUACGAGGAGUUCCACAUGUACAGGAAGAUGAAAGACGUUGGCGGCUGUUCUGGUCUCAAUGCAACAGACGUUGUGUCCAAAGGUAUCGCCAAUAUCAACGGCAACUCUCAAAAUCGCGGUUGGAUGCUCGACAGAUUCAAGUUUCUGCCUAUACUCCGCCAGGCAUAUCAGUAUCGUCCAGAAGCGAAGUGGUACGUACUUAUUGAAACGGAUGCAACAUUUGUUUGGCCCAAUUUGCACGAUUGGCUUCAACACCUGGAUCCGAAUCUGCCAUAUUAUCUUGGAUCGCAGACUCAAAUCGGAACUCAGCAGUUUGCCCAAGGCGGAGCUGGGACCAUAAUUUCGAACGCGGCGAUGAAAAGAGUCGUCGAGCAUUUCGAAGCUAAUCAGACGUCCCUGGAGAAUUUUACAGCAGACCACUGGGCAGGCGACUGUGUGCUCGGAAAGGCUUUUGAAGACAUAGGCAUCAAGCUUCUGUGGUCGUGGCCACAUCUACUCACAGAAAGCAUAGCCGAUAUCGACUACACAGACGACAAGUACUUCAAGCGGCUCUGGUGUACCCCGGUACUUUCAUAUCAUCACAUGACGUCCGAACAAACGUGGGAUCACUGGAAGUUUCAGCGGAGAUGGUUUGAACACAACCCUGGCCGCGUCUUGAAACAUUGCGAUGUAUUCUAUAAUUAUGUUUUGCCUCAAUUACAAUAUCGACGAGAAGCCUGGGACAAUGAGUCUGACGGUCUAGUUGAGGUGGAGAAAAGACCAAGAUCUUCGCAGGAAUGCAAAGACAUAUGUCUUGAUGAUCCUGAUUGUCUUCAAUACAGGUAUUCGGCAGAUGGCUGUCGAAUGUCCACGCGUUUUCGUCUAGGCCAAAUUGCAGCAAGCAACAGACGAGUUGUGUCGGGUUGGAUCCUCGAUCGCGUCGAAAACAUGGCUGCAAACUUCACAUCCUGCAGCGCAGAAGAAGCAACUUGGGUGACCGAAUUCUACGGCUGGUCCUGA